AAACAAAAAACAAAAAACUCUUGGUGCUGCUGGGCAAAACUAGAAAAACACUUUCAGGAUCGAGGCUUUGGUUCGUUGUCUACAUGAUUUAUCCUGAACAGGUUUGGGUCGUCGUUUCUUUUGGCGCCGUAUACAACAACAACAACCAACCAAAAUUCAUGUCGGUGAAUGCCCAGAAACAACAACGAGCUCCACACCCUGUAAUUCAAGAGAGGAGGGUUAUUAUAAACAGCCAUGGUGAAAAGCUUGUGGGGAUAUUACAUGAUACAGGUUCAAAAGAGCUUGUUAUAAUCUGUCAUGGCAUACAUUCCUCGAAGGAACGCAUCCCUAUGGUGAACCUUGCUGCUGCGUUGGAGAAAGAAGGAAUCAGUGCCUUCCGUUUCGACUUUCCUGGGAAUGGGGAAAGUGAAGGUUCAUUUCAAUAUGGUAACUAUCGAAGAGAGGCCGAUGAUCUACGUGAUGUAGUUCAGCACUUCCGCAGGGCAAAUCGUACAAUUACUGCAAUUGUUGGCCACAGCAAAGGUGGAAACGCGGUGGUUUUGUAUGCUGGAAAAUAUAAGGACGUUCAUACAGUCGUCAAUAUUUCUGGACGGUUUGAUCUGGAAAGAGGUAUGGAGGGUCGCUUGGGUAAAGACUUCCGACAAAGAAUCAAGCAAGAUGGAUAUAUUGACGUUAAGAACAAAAGGGGGAAGUUUCUGUAUCGAGUGACUGAAGAAAGUUUGAUGGACCGCCUAACUACGGAUGUGCAAGGGACCUGCAAAACAAUUGAUCAAAACUGCAGGGUAUUGACAGUUCAUGGAACAAGGGAUCAAAUGGUACCAGUUGAAGAUGCUUUUGAGUUUAACAAGUUCAUUUCUAAUCAUAAAAUAUGUGUUAUAGAAGGAGCUGAUCAUGAAUACACCUCUCAUCAGGAUGAGUUGGCCUGCACUGUGUUAGAUUUCAUUAGCGCAGAUUUUCCCAAGGAUCAAAAUGCAUCAAUAAAAGGCGAUAGUAAUGUCCAUUCACGAUUAUAAUUGUUCUGUAAUUGCAGUAAUUCUUGUCAGGAAUGAAAACGUUCCAAAGCACAAGUGCAAAUAGCCUCUUCUGCGUAAUAAUGUCUCUAGCCUUACUAAAUAAUGCAAGCUCAUUACAGUGGGUCUUCCAAAAAAACCCAAAAAUAACUUCAAUCC